GUCCGAGAAACUGGUAAAGAUGAAUCGAAUUUUAUUGUUGUAUGGGCGUUGGGUGUUUAUCCUGUUGAGAGUGAAGACCGCGAAAUGGAAAUUACUCUUUUCAGUCUAGUUAAUGAAUACGAGAGGGAUUCUAAUAUGUCUUUUGAAAGCCUCAUUAGUAGGGUAGCUCAAGAUAUUCUGGAGGAAAUUGAUAGUGAAAGUGCAAUGUUUAAGUUGUCAGUUAAUGAUUAUGCUGGCAAGAAUUACAGUUUCGUUAUUAAGGUUGUAUUUCCUCAUAAUAGUAGUCGAUUUAAAUAUUUAAUGAGUUCUCUUCGUCCAAAUGAAUCGACACUUUUUGUUGUUGGGCAUAUGGAAGUUAUACAGGAGGAUCUUUACGUAUAUGCUGCUGAUGUUUCAUUUGUUGUGGUUAAUUCCGCAGUCAAAAGAAAAGUUUCUAGCUUAG